AUGAAAAGUGUAAUUUUUGUCUUAAUAUUCUCCAUUGUGAACAACUGCUAUGGAUACAACAUAUUGGUGAUGAUGCCUUUUCCAUUGUAUAGUCACACCAAAUCUUACUUGCCACUAUUUAUCGAAUUAGCAAAUAGAGGACAUAAUGUAACAAUGGUCAGCCCAUUCCCAUUAAAAGAUCCUGUUCCGAAUUUUAAUGAAGUCAUCAUAGAGGACAUUAUGAAAGAAAUGAGAGAUAAUGAGAAGUUUGAUGUACGAGAUAUGGAAGGAUUUUUAUUAAGACUGUUCGGCCCCAGAAUUUUUUGUAAAUUUAUGCUUGAUAAUGUAUUUAAAUCUGAAGGGUUGAAAACAUUUUUGUAUGAUAAAGAUUCCAAAUUUGACAUGGUUAUUACUGAAACUUUUUUUUGUCAGGAACCAUUUAUAGCUCUAGGACACAAAUAUGGUGCUAUUCAAGUUUCUGUCCAAACAGUAAACAUAUUUAUGGCCUUAUCUCGCCUAACUGGAAACCCAUACAAUCCAGCUUAUGUGCCCUCUUCUGUCUUUCCAUCAUCGCCUCACAUGAAUUUCUGGGAAAGAUCGAAAAGUACAUUAGGCAACCUGCUGGAUUAUCUUAUAUCCCAUUCAACAUGGCUCUAUUUGGACUAUUAUAUGAGCAGCCAUUUUGCAUCAUACCCUGGAUUUGAAAAUUUGCCUCCUAUGCUAGAUAUGUUCAGGAAUCUUUCUCUUGUACUACUUGACAAUCAUAUGGCAAUAACUUACCCCCGUCCGUAUCUUCCUAAUAUAGUUGAGAUUGGUGGGCUGACUAUCAAAGGAGGAGAUAAACUGGAUGAAGAAUGGGAAAAAUAUUUAAAUGAAUCUACAGAUGGAGUAAUAUACUUUAGCUGGGGAUCUCAUUACAAAACAGAAAAUAUGAAACCACACGAACUCACUGCUUUCACGUCAGCAUUUGGAAAGCUAAAACAAAAAGUACUUAUGAAGGUGGACGAAGAUAGCCUGCCAGGGAAACCUGAUAACGUAAGGCUGGCUAAGUGGGUACCCCAAGCUAGUUUACUAGGUCAUCCCAAUGUCCGUGCCUUCAUCAGCCAUGGUGGACUUCAUGGUGUUUUAGAAGGAACUUAUCAUGGUGUUCCUAUCGUAGGAACUCCUCUUUUUGCUGAUCAAAAGAAUAAUAUAAGAUUUUGUGAAGAGGCUGGUUAUUGCAUAUAUAUUGAUCUUAAAACCGUCACUGAAGAAAUCCUCUUGGAUGCUAUUAACAAAAUACUGACAAAUUCAUCUUAUAAAGAAAACGCUCUUAGAAGAAGUGAAAUCAUGAAAGACAGACCCCUGAACGUCAUGGAUAACGCAGUCUACUGGGUGGAAUACGUACUUCGGCACAGAGGAGCUCCUCAUCUGAGAUCUGCUGCUGUAGAACUGUCUUGGUACCAAUAUUUGCUUCUUGAUGUGAUUGUAGUUUGGAGCGCAGUUUCUUUUAUGGUCGUAUUAUUGUUAAAGAAAAGUAUAAAAUGUAUAUGUAAAGCGAGGAAAUCGAAAAGUAAAAAAGACUGA